UCCAUCAUGGCGACCAUGUGUCGAAGUUUUUUGAUUUCUUGCCGAAAAAAGUUACUUUACAAGGCUAUAAAUACAAGAGUAACCAGUUAUGCAGUUAGUCAAUAUCAAAUUAGUAAUUUAUCAACACAUUAUAGUCAUAAUAAAAUCAAAUCACACAGUUGGCUUUCAUCGCCCUGUAUUCAUGAUGUCAUUUCCUCACCAGUAUUAAUCCAAUACUCAUAUCAUCAGCCUGUCAGGUUUAUGUCUAGUGAUGGUAAAAAGAGGGGAUUCUUUCAAGAUUUAAUAACAAAUAUCAAAGAUGAGUUGGCAAGAAACAAAGAAAUGAAGGAGAGUUUGAGUAAGUUCAAACAAGAAACAUCAAAAUUAGAACAAUCAGAAGCUAUCCAAAAGGCUAGACAGAAAUUUGAUUCCAUAGAGGCUGAAACUAAGAAAGGUUCAACGGUUAUAAAAAAAACUCUCGAAGAUAUUAAAGGAAAAUUUUCAGAGACAAUGGAAGAGGUUCAAAAAACAGAAUUUAUUAAAAAAGGCAGAGAUAUAACUGAUGAAUUGGGUAAAACUGCUGGUAAAGCUGCUGAUAGUAUUUCUAAAAAAGGUCAGGAUAUAGGGCAGAGUUCAACAUUUCAAAGUAUUUCUCAGGGUGUAAAAGCAGUAAAAGAAGAAUUUGAUGAAGUGACAUUAGCUCGAGCUAAAACAUAUAAAGCACCAGUAAAAUUACGGAAACGUACAGAUAGAUCUGGCUAUUCUAAAGAUGACAAGCAGUUUGAAGCAGAUGAUGAAUCAACAGGGAUGGUUUUACAUAAAGAUUCAAAAUUUUAUCAAAGUUGGCAAAAUUUCAAAGACAAUAAUCAAUAUGUAAAUAAAAUGUUUGAUCUAAAGACGCGUUAUGAUGAAAGUGAUCAUAUGUUAGUUCGUGUUACAAGAGGUUUUACAGAUAAAGUAGGACAAGUUUUUGGUGGAAUGUUUUCAAAAACAGAAAUGUCUGAAGUUUUAACAGAAAUCUGUAAAAUAGAUCCUUCAUUUGAAAAAGAAAGAUUUGUUAGAAUGUGUGAAAAAGAAAUUAUUCCUAAUGUUUUAGAGGCCAUUAUUAGAGGUGAUUUAGAAGUGUUAAAAGAUUGGUGUCAUGAAGCACCGUAUAAUACUCUAGCACAUCCUAUUAAAGCAGCUAAACAAGCUGGAUAUAGAUUUGACUCCAAAAUCUUGGAUAUCAGCAAUGUUGAUGUUGUUGCUGGUAAAAUAAUGGAUCAGGGUCCCGUUUUAAUUAUCAGUUUUAAUUCACAACAAAUCUUAGCAGUGCGAAAUUCAAAGGGAGAGGUUAAAGAAGGAGAUCCUGUAAUACAGUAUCCUGAAUUUAGUACAUAA